AUGUUAGAAGUCAUAGCAGAUCUUGUGAGAGGAGAGGUGUGUAAGACCUUACAUAAUAGCCUUUGUUAUUCUGUGCAAAUAGAUGGCAGCAUGGACCGGCAGCAGCAAGACUCAAAGUUUGUAACAGCUCGACAUGUUCAAGAAAAUGAAGUUAGUGUUGAAACUGUCUUUGUUGGCAUUGUAUCUAGUGAUAAAUCUGGUGCUGAAGGCCUUUUAGAUGCACUUUGUACCAGUAUUGCAAGCUUAGAAUCAAAACAAAGUGAUGUUGCAGAAGAAACCUGUGAAUUAAGUGUAGCAAUUAUGACAAAGAUGGUUGGAAUAUCAACAGAUGGUGAAUCUGCCAAUACUGGUAGAAAGGCUGGAUUGUGGCAACUCCUAAAGGACAAACUGAAAAGAAAUUUGAUAACUGUUUGGUGUGUUUGUCAUCGUUCAGACCUGGCACUUGAAUAGUAGUGUACCAGAGCUCAAGUAUUGGAUGGCUGAUGUGACAGCAGUAUCAACCUUUUUUCGGGUAUCAGCAAGACGGACAAAAGAACUUCAUAAGGUAAAAUAUGAUAUGAUUUGUUAAUUGUUAUUCUAAGUCUCUAAUAUGCAUCUACUGUGUUGAUUACUGACUAUUUACUAUUAAUUCUGAACUAGUGAACUCUGAAGCAGUAGUCACUAGCAAACCAGCACCAUGAUUCCCAUAAUUUCUGAGAGAACUUGCAUAUGACUGGGAAAAAGUCAGAGACAGCUAGUGAGCUGCUGACUAUACUGUAACCAUAUCUCCAUAACUACUCCUUAUAAUUCUUUAUUCAGAUUUGUAAUAACAAUGUCAUAUUAACCUGGCUCAUAUCAAUCCAGUACUAUCGCAGUUAAUAUAAAUCUAUUUUGCUUCUGAUCUUAGAUUGAUAACAAAUGCUUGGUUUACCCUCGUCACUUUGAGGUGCGAUUUGCAGAACGUACUUGCACCUUAUUGAAGGCAAUCUUGCACAAUCUUAAUGCAUCGAGAAAGCUAUGGAGCAACAUUAGUGAUAAAAUACUCCCUUCAGAUAGCAAUGUGGAAAUACAACAGGCAACUGGUUUCUGUAACAAAUGGCAUAAAGGAUCACGACAGGUAUUUGUCAGGGUAUGUAGUUUACCGAAAUGUUUAUUUACUUUAUUGUGUUGUGAUUUGUUUAUUUUGUUAUUGUGUUGUACUGUUGUACUGUUGUAUUACUGUAUAUAGGGUUUGCAGGCAUUUGUACCCAAUUGAGGCUAAUAAAAAAUUAACAUUGACUAAUACGGAUAUAUCUUGGGCUUUUAAAACUUCAGGCUUCAGAGGCAAAAGCACUCUUGCAUAUUUUCUUGUCUAAUGGUCAUCAUUGCUUUAGGUUUGGCUCACCGCCUUGAUGUAUGAUGUCUGCCAAGUGUUCAAAGAAUUGCAACAGAAUUUUCAACGUCCCAGGCUAAUACUUCUGGAAAUGAUCACUGCUCGUGAAACAGCCUUGCGAAAGCUGAACUUAAUGAAACAAGGUCCUAUAGCUGGUGGAAUGGAGGAAAAAUAUUCCAUAAAUGAAAUUGAUGACAAUGAAUCUCGAGGUCGAAGAUCACCGCACUACUCUGCUAUAAGAUCUGAAGUAAUAAUGUCGGCAGUCAACUUUCUUGGUGACAGGUUGCAAAUGGAAGAGGAUGGAACAAUAGCCAAUAUCACAAGGAUCCUCAAAGCCAGUUCUCCCAAAGAAAUAAUUGAUGCAAGCAGAUAA